AUGCUGACGCGUCGCAAAUCGUCAAUAGAUGGAACGAAAUCGGAGAGAAGCCGAAGACGUGGCGAAUCGAUUGGCGGCGCUUUCACUGAUAUGAUUAAUAUUGAGCCAACGAGUAUUAUCAAUAAAUCGACAGAACUUCUCCACGAACGUUUUCUCCGAGAUAUGGUCCGUGCAGCAUGCCUUUUAUCAAUGAUAUCAUUAUGUCUACAUACUCCAGAAACUAUCAAAAUGUGGCCUCCUUUGAAUUAUAUUAUUCUGGUAAAUGACGUCAUAGUUACACUUAUUUUCAUUGGAGAAGCUGCUGUGACUAUAAAUCAAAAUGGCCUCUUCGAUAAUCAAAAUUCGUAUUUACGGGAUCGAUGGUAUCAAUUCGAGUUUUUUCUUCUCAUUAAUCAUAUUCUAUCAUGUAUUAUUCAUAUUUAUGAACUAUGCUCAAUCUGGUUUCCAUCGUUGAAUUUCGUUUAUUAUCCAUGGCUUGGUGCUCUACGAUCUGCACGUCCAUUCAUCUUUUUGAGAUUUAUCCGAUCGAUUGUUCGAUUCAAACUUCCAAAAAACCGGAUAAAAUCUAUUAUGAAACGAUCAUCUCAACAAAUACAAAACGUUACAAUAUUUUUCAUGUUUUUUGUGUUUUCGUAUGCAAUAAUGGGUGUUCAGCUGUUCGGAAGACUCAAUUACCAUUGUGUUGUGAAUGGAACUGACCCUAAUAAUGUAACAAUUGCUGAUCUCGCAAUACCAGAUACAAUGUGUUCUCAAAAAGGAGCUGGAGGAUAUGAAUGUCCGGGGAAUAUGGUCUGUAUGAGACUACAAUUGAAACCACAAGAAGAGGGAUUCUAUGGACAAUUCAGUGACUUCGCAUCUUCACUUUUCACCGUCUAUUUGGCUGCAAGUCAAGAAGGAUGGGUCUAUGUAUUAUAUGAUUGUUUGGACUCAUUACCUUCAUUCCUUGCUUUUUUCUAUUUUGUCACUCUCAUUUUCUUUUUGGCGUGGUUGGUGAAGAAUGUAUUCAUUGCUGUAAUCACUGAAACUUUUGCUGAAAUUCGUGUGCAAUUCAAUGAAAUGUGGCAAACAAGAGAAGCAACUUCUGAUCAUGUAUACACGCAGAAACUGGAAAAAGAUGAAGACGGAUGGAAGUUGGUUGAAGUGGAUAAGUACAAUAGAUCACAUUCAAACAACUCACUUUAUCUGCAUACUAUAGUAACAUCAACUGCAUUUCAAACGGUAAUGCAGUUAAUGAUACUCGCAAAUGCAAUAUUUCAUGCAACUUUUGUAUUUUAUCACGACGAAUCUGAUCAAAUUCGAAAAGUUUGGUAUUAUUAUGUGGAAGUUGGAUUCACAAUUCUAUUCAACACGGAGGUUAUCAUCAAGAUAUAUGCAUUCGGUUGGAAGGCUUAUAUCGCUCGUGGACAACAUAAAUUUGAUUGUCUUCUCUGCAUUGGAUCGAGUUUGAAUGCAAUUUGGAUUCUUUAUGAAACAAAUAUCUUCACAUAUUUUCAAGUAUUUCGAAUCGCUCGUCUCAUCAAAGCCUCUCCGAUGCUUGAAGAUUUCGUUUAUAAAAUUUUCGGCCCGGGAAAGAAAUUGGGAGGUUUAGUGAUAUUCACUGGAAUUCUUCUGAUUGUCACAUCUGCAAUUUCACUUCAAUUAUUCUGUUAUGUUCCGAAAUUGAACAAAUUUACAAACUUUGCAGUGGCAUUCAUGUCAAUGUUCCAAAUAAUAACUCAAGAAGGAUGGACAGAUGUUGUCAUAGAAAUACUUCGAGCAUGCAAUGAACAGGCAGUUCCAUUCGUCGCCAUUUAUUUUGUUGCUUAUCAUUUAUUAGUUACUUUGUUCGUUUUGUCUCUUUUUGUUGCCGUUAUUCUUGAUAAUUUGGAAAUGGACGAAGAAUUGAAGAAAGUAAAACAAUUGAAAGCAAGAGAACAGGAUACGAUUAAAACAACUCUUCCGAUGCGUCUCCGAAUUUUCAAUAGAUUCCCAACUGCUCCAACAAUGGUAACGAUGAAGAAAGUGUCUUCUGAGUUUCCACUUCCAAAGAUACGAGAUUCCUUCACAAGACAGUUUGCUGAUGAAUUUGUAGAAACAAGUGACGAUACAAUUCAAGAAAUCGGAUUAAAAGUCCGUUCGAUGCUUUCUGGAAAAGGACCGUCGAAAGAAACAAGAAUAACAACAACGAUACGACAUGUUGGACAGUUAUCCAAUAAGACAAUUCUCACUUCGAUGCUAACUGAAUCCAAUCGAAACCGUGCUCUUUUCUCUGAAUCAAAUCAACAUUUAGCCAAUUUCACAAGAAGUAACACAUCAUCAAAACACGGGAAAAGUGGAAUUCUAUCUGCUAAUUCCCGUUCAAGAACACGUGGAUUGGCUUCUUUAAAAGGGAAGAACAUGGUCGAGGGAUUCAAAGAAAAUGGAGAUUUACGUCCAGAAGAUACAGCAAGAAAAGUCGAAAAACACGGAGAAAUUGACUUCAAAGCACUGCAAAUGAAGAGAGCUCAUGCUGAAAUAACGAGAAAUCGAAUCGAAGAAGAAAUGCGUGAAAACCAUCCGAUGUUCGAUCGUCCAUUAUUUCUUGUGGGUCGAGAAUCCUCACUCCGUCGAAUGUGUCAAAUGAUUGCUCAUUCUCGACAUUCUUAUGAUCAAAACGAUGGACAACACAGAAAACAUUCAAAUAAAUACAAACAAUUUCAUGAUUUUUUGGCGAUAAUAACUUAUUUGGAUUGGGCAAUGGUACUGGUGACAACACUCUCAUGUUGCAGUAUGUUGUGGGAAUCUCCUUGGCCAACUACUGGAGAAAAUCUCAUUUUCAAUAAUUUCUAUCUACAGAUAGCGGAGUACAUAUUUGUCCUCGUAAUGAGUUUCGAGCUAGUUGUCAAAUGUAUUGCCAAUGGACUCUUCUUCACUCCGAAAGCAUUGGUUACAGAUGUUGGAGAUAUACUGACGAUAUUCAUUUACAUUACAAGUUUAAUAUUUGUAAUCUGGAUGCCGAAUCACAUUGAAAUCAACAGUUGGGCACAACUUUUAAUGAUUUGUCGAGCAUCAAGACCUCUGAGAGUUUAUGCUUUGAUUCCACAUAUUCGGAGAGUUGUUGUAGAGUUAUGUCGAGGAUUUCGAGAGAUUCUAUUGGUAACAAUUCUUCUAGUUGUUCUCAUGUUUAUUUUCGCAAGUUUUGGUGUUCAACUGGUCGGUGGAAAGUUGGCAUCUUGUAAUGAUCCAAUGAUAACAACUCGUGAAAAUUGUACUGGAUUAUAUGAUGUGAAAUUAUUUGUAACGCGAAUGGAAGUAUACGGAAAACAUGAUAAUGCAAUGCAUCCAUCAAUUGUUGUACCACGUGUAUGGACAAAUCCCCGAAAUUUUAACUUCGAUCAUAUCGGAAAUGCAAUGUUGGCUCUUUUCGAGACACUUUCUUAUAAAGGAUGGAAUGUUGUCAGAGAUAUUUUAUAUUUGAGACAUGGAGCUUGGGCGGUUCUGUUCAUUCAUAUUUAUGUUUUCAUCGGAUGUAUGAUUGGUUUAACUCUUUUCGUCGGAGUUGUCGUGGCAAAUUACACGGAGAAUCGUGGAACUGCAUUGUUAACAGUCGAUCAACGUCGUUGGCAUGAUCUGAAAGCUCGUCUGAAGAUGGCUCAACCACUUCACGUGCCUCCGAAACCACCGGAAUCUGCAAAACUUCGAUGUUAUCUUUAUGAUUUGACGACAUCUCGUUGGUUCAAACAACUAUUCGCUGCUCUCGCUCGUAGUUUUGAAUUCAUUCACUUUGGUUAUUCCAUGGAAUUAAUAUCAGCUCUUUGUAAUAUUCUAUUCACUCUGGAAUGCUUACUCAAAAUGAUUGCAUUCACUCUUUCUGGAUUCUGGCAAUCAAGGAGGAAUCGAAUUGAUUUUAUCAUUACAAUUCUCGGAAUCAAUUGGAUUGUUUUCCAUUUUCUGUUUCAAUUACCUGCAUACUUUGCCGGCGGAAUAAAAGAAUGGAAACGUCUGACAUAUACGUACGGAUACCUUGUUGUUAUUCUUCGUUUUUUCACCAUUGCUGGACGAAAAUCAACACUGAAAAUGUUGAUGCUGACUGUUGUCAUGUCAAUGGUUCGAUCAUCUUUCAUUAUUGCUGCAAUGUUUCUUUUGGUUCUUUUUUAUGCAAACGCUGGAGUUGUUCUCUUCGGAAUGGUCAAGUAUGGUCAAGCAGUUGGAAAACAUGUGAAUUUUCGGAAUGGACGGGAGGCUUUAGUGGUGUUAUUUCGAUCAGUAACUGGAGAAGAUUGGAAUGAUAUAAUGCAUGAUUGUAUGAGAGCUCCACCAUUUUGUAAUUGGCAUCCAGGACUCAGUUAUUGGCAAACUGAUUGUGGUAAUUAUGUGGGAGCAAUCGUUUAUUUCUGCUCGUUUUAUCUCAUCAUCACCUACAUUGUGUUGAAUCUUCUUGUCGCUAUAAUUAUGGAGAACUUUUCAUUGUUCUAUUCAUCGGAAGAAGACGCACUUCUCUCUUACGCAGAUAUUCGAAAUUUCCAAUUAGUCUGGAAUAUGGUGGAUACGGAACAGAAACGAUCAAUUCCAGUUCGGAGGGUGAAAUUUCUAUUGAGAUUAUUAAAAGGAAGAUUAGAAGUGACUGGGGAAGAUGAUGGAUUGUUAUUCAAACAUAUGUGUCAUGAAAUGGAAAGAUUACAUAAUGGAGAUGAUGUCUCAUUUCAUGAUGUUCUCAAUAUGUUAUCCUAUCGAAGUGUCGAUAUUCGAAAGAAUUUGCAACUAGAAGAGUUAUUGCAACGAGAAGAGUUGGAGUAUAUAAUUGAAGAAGAAGUUGCGAAACAUACGAUCAGAACGUGGCUGGAAAACUGUUUGAAAAAUAUAAAGGCGAGGCAGAACAAUACUCUCGGAAAAAUGAGUUCGAUUGGAUCAACAUUUGCAUUUCCACAAUCACAAGACUUAUUGACAAAAGGAGUUGUUCUAACAGAAGCAUCUCCGGAUGAAGAAUCAUUACAAGGAGAUAAAGGAAGUGGAAAAAAGAAGGCGUCGAGAGGAAAUUCUAUCACUGAGAUAGUAACUGAAGCACAGAAGAAAAGUGUGAAACGAGGAGCAGAGAAAAUAAAAGAACGGCGAGGAACUCUUCGACAAAUGCAAAUGGGAACAUACGAUGAGUUGGAAGAAGUUGAAGAAGAUGAGGAUACAGAUGCAGAAGUACGGAGAUCUUCAUUUGAGUAUUCUGGUGUUGAUAUGAUACAAAUGUCACAUGAGAAACAGUUAGAAGAUGUCAAAACUUGGUGGACGUUAUGUGAUUAG